UUUCAAUUCAAGAUAUAAUUUUCUCCUGUUAUUUAGUUAUAUCUGUAUAACACAAAAAUUCGGACACCAUGAAGGUUUCGGUACUCGGUGCAGGAAACGGAGGAUAUGCUUUAGCAGUUGAAUUGACACAGAUGGGGCACGAGGUGAUUUUGUAUGAAUCUGAGAAAUUUCGCGAUGCUAUCCAACCUGUUAUAGAUGCUGGUCAUGUGAUAAAUGCUUUGGAGAAACACAACGGCGGAACAGCAGUUAUUCAUGGCGUAACGAAGAUUCACAAGGCGACCACCGAUAUUAAAGAAGCAAUUGAAUUCUGCGAGGUAGCAAUGCUUAUCAUGCCUUCAUUUGGCCAAGCCACCAUUUUCGAAAUGGCAUUCCCUUACAUCACCGAGAAACACACAUUUGUAAGUUUGCCUGGUAACUUUGCUUUUUUGGAUUUCGUCAAGAUCAUUCAAAAAAAUUCUAAAAUGGAUAUCUGCAAAAAAUUGCCCUUCACCAUGGUAGAAGGCAGCUCGAUUCCAUAUGUCGUCCGUAAGACGGAAGGUAACGAGGUCUUUAUCAGCGGUGUGAAAGACGUCAUGUAUGCAGGCGUGUAUCCAAGCUGCAGAACGGAAGCGACAAUGGAGCUAAUUAAACCACUUUUCAGCUUGAAAUUAGUUGCUCAAAAGAAUGUUAUUCAAACUGGUCUGAGCAAUCUGAAUUUCAUGAUUCACCCUCCCAUCUUGUUGCUCAACUCUGGUUGGGUUGAAGCAAGGAAAGGAGAUUUUUACUUCUAUAGAGAAGCUGCUUCUCACAGUGUGAUGAAAUUUGUUGAUGCAUUGGACAAAGAACGUGUUGCAGUUGGAACAGCACUUGGGUUCGAUAUGCUGGAUAUUCUAACGACGUGGAAGAAUCUGUAUGGCGACACAAAAAGCACGACGCUCGACGAGUUUCUUGCAAAUGCUGAGUUCUUCAAAACUGUCAAAGCUCCACCAACGCUGCAAAACCGAUUCAUUACUGAAGAUCUCAACUACAUUCUUGCACCAAUGGUUCGUUAUUUGGCUAAAAAAAACAACGUGCCGACACCUGUUGCCGAUGCGAUCAUUACUGCCGCUCACGUCAUAACUGGUUUGUCGGUUGAACCAGCAAGAAAUUUCGACGAAUUCCCAUUAGAUUUGAGUGAAAUCUAAACAUGCAACAUUGAUAUCAAAGAAUUAUCUGAUUGUAGUAUAAAAAAAAUGUUUUGGUCGCUGGUUUAUUUACUUAACCAGUUUCUGUUUAGACGUUUUUCUGUAUACAAAUAGAAUAUUUAGAAACAAAAAUAAGCCAUGAACUUUUAAUAACUAAAUUCUGUUUGUUUGUAGUCAAAUACAUUUAAAAGAUUUAA